CCCAACCGACCUUCUCCAACUGUUCAACAUAAAACCCUUUCCCUUCCCGCUUGUAUAUAUAUCGCUCCUUUUGGACCUCAACCCCGCGCAACCUCCAUGUCCUUCAUCUUCCGCCGAUUCUUCUCCAGCACAACAUCCACCAUGUCCGACGCCGCUACUCAGAAGGCUAAGCAGCUGAUCAACGACAACGCUGUCGUUGUCUUCAGCAAGUCCUACUGCCCCUACUGCUCCAACUCCAAGCAGAUCCUCGACGGCCUCAAUGCCAAGUACACCACCUACGAGCUCAACCAGGAGAGCGACGGUUCCGAUAUCCAGGACGCCCUUCUCAAGAUGACCGGCCAACGCACUGUCCCCAACAUCUUCAUCGGCAAGCAGCACAUUGGCGGUAACUCCGAUCUCGAGGCUGUUGUCAAGAACGGCAAGAACGGCAAGAAGAUCCAGGAGCUCCUCCAGGAGGCUGGCGCUCUCUAAGUCGCUCUCCGCAAGACACGAUGGAAACAAUAUCGGUGUUUACGAAGAACACGACUGUCUGGUUUGAAAGAAACCUCUACAGGGAGAGGGUUUGGCCAAGGGGAAAGGCGCUCGAGAGGCUCACAUGGUGGGAGGCAUCAAGGGAACCCCGUGGUGUGCGUGGCGCCAUUGGG